ACGCCUGAUGGAGCAUUAAGCCUGAACGCUACUGGCAGCCAGGGACUCAUAUUCAUUCGGUUGUUGAGUGAACCAGCCAGGCUUUGGAUCUUUCCCUUCACUCCCGUUUUUUUUUUUUUUUUUCCUUUUACUCCUUCCAGAAAAUCGGGAAUUAUUUGAACCGGCUCCUUUUUUACUGUGUGUGGAAGGUUGCAGGGUGGGGAGGGAGUCAGGAGACUUUGUUCCCAACCUCGGCACGCUCCUGCUGAUCUGCACUUGCUCCCACUUGGGAUACCCAGACAAAGGUCCCGCGGAUGACCUCUCCAAACUAACUUUAGCUUUUCACCUCAUUCACUCGGAGGGUGGUGAAUUGAAUGGGCAUUUUCCAGAGUUUGGAUGUUUCCACGCUGAGAGCCACCGGAUAAGAUGGUGCCCCUGCAGAAAAGGGAUCAGUUUGAAAACUUGGAGAAGCACACGCAGUGGGGAAUCGAGUUUGUGGAGAAGUACAACAAAUUUGUGAAGGAGCGAUCGGAGAUCGAAAUCAACUAUGCAAAGCAAAUUAGGAAUCUUUCAAAGAAAUAUCAACCCAAGAAGAACUCGAGGGAAGAAGAAGAGAGCAAGUACAGCUUCUGUCGAGCCUUCUUCACGACCCUUAACGAGCUGAACGACUACGCGGGUCAGCACGAGGUCAUAGCGGAGAACUUGACCUCCCAAAUCUUUGUUGAGCUUACGCGCUACCUGCAGGAGCUCAAGGCUGAGAGAAAAACGCAUUUCCAUGAUGGACGCAAAGCACAGCAGUACAUUGAAAGCUCGUGGAAGCAGCUGGAAUCGUGUAAAAGAAGGUUUGAGAGAGACUGCAAAGAGGCAGACAGAGCACAACAAUACUUUGAGAAGAUGGAUGCUGACAUUAACGUGACUAAAGCUGAUGUGGAAAAGGUAUGUGUCCUCAAGUCAAGCUGGGUUCCUCUGAGCCCUUCAUUUUUUUUUUUUUGGCCAGUUUUAACCUCCCAACCCUAA